AUGAAGUGCCAAACAUGUCACUUACCCCUGCAACUAGACCCAUCUUUAGAAGGUCUUAGUUUAACCCAAAGAAAUUUGCUACUUUCAAAUAAUUCAAUUAUCACUGCAACGAAUGAAAAUGUCAUCAGCAACAAGGGCAUCGAAGCCGCAGAUAAUUGUGGGCCUCAAAUACCGAAGGAGAGGCUGAGGCGAUUAGGGGAGAUUCAGAACAUAAAAGACUUGAAUUUAAAAGAUGAUAAAUUAAUCACUGAUUCGUUUGUUUUUCUUAAUCACGAUGAUGAUGAUAAUGCUAAUAUUACGAGUAAUAGCAGAGAGGACCAGCGUUAUGGAAAUGCCAACGGAAAUGAUAAUAAAAAAGCUAAUAGUGAUACUUCCGAUGGAACCAGUACCUUUCGAGAUCAUGACGAAGAGGAACAAGAAGCUACGGAUGAGGACGAAAACCAACAAAUACAAUUGAAUUCCAAGACUUUGUCCACACAAGUCAACGCAAUGACUAAUGUAUUUAACAUUCUAUCUUCUCAAACAAACAUAGACUUUCCUAUCUGUCAGGACUGCUGUAACAUCUUGAUAAACAGACUAAAAAGUGAGUAUGAUGAUGCAAUAAAAGAGAGAGAUACUUACGCUCAAUUUUUAUCGAAGUUAGAGAGUCAAAACAAAGAAAUAUCAGAAAGCAAUAAAGAAAAGCAGUAUUCCCAUAAUCUUUCGGAAAAAGAAAAUUUGAAAAAGGAAGAGGAAAGACUCUUGGAUCAAUUAUUACGUUUGGAAAUGACAGAUGAUGACUUAGAUGGAGAACUAGUUCGUUUACAAGAAAAGAAAGUUCAACUGGAAAAUGAGAAACUCCAAAAACUGAGUGAUCAGAAUUUAAUGGAUUUAAAUAACAUUCAAUUCAACAAAAAUUUACAGUCAUUAAAACUGCAAUACGAAUUAUCCUUGAAUCAAUUAGAUAAGUUGAGGAAAAUCAAUAUUUUCAAUGCUACAUUCAAAAUCUCACAUAGCGGCCCCUUUGCCACUAUAAAUGGAUUGAGAUUAGGCAGUAUACCAGAAUCAGUGGUACCUUGGAAGGAAAUCAAUGCAGCACUGGGCCAAUUGAUUCUUUUACUGGCUACCAUAAACAAAAACCUGAAGAUAAAUUUAGUAGACUACGAAUUACAACCGAUGGGUUCAUUUUCCAAAAUCAAGAAAAGAAUGGUUAACAGUGUCGAAUAUAAUAAUUCCACUACGAACGCUCCCGGUGAUUGGUUGAUUCUGCCUGUCUACUAUGAUGAGAAUUUCAAUUUGGGGAGAAUCUUCCGCAAGGAAACGAAGUUUGAUAAAUCAUUAGAAACAACAUUAGAAAUAAUAAGCGAAAUCACUCGGCAGCUUUCUACGAUAGCGUCAUCAUAUUCAUCUCAAACACUCACAACAAGCCAAGAUGAAUCUUCAAUGAAUAACGCAAAUGACGUUGAAAAUAGUACUUCCAUUCUCGAGCUACCCUAUAUCAUGAAUAAGGACAAGAUUAAUGGAUUAUCCGUCAAAUUGCAUGGUAGCAGUCCCAACCUUGAAUGGACAACGGCUAUGAAAUUUUUAUUAACCAAUGUAAAGUGGUUGUUAGCGUUUUCUUCCAAUUUACUAUCCAAGUCAAUUACCUUAAGCCCUACAGUGAAUUACAAUGAUAAGACCAUCAGCGGAAACUAA